UUUCACCGAUUUUUGUGCCGAGAAAAGCGGGAAAGUUCAAACGCUAUUUUACAAUCUCUCUCCAUCACUCUCAUUAUAAAUAACACAUGGAUAGGGCCUCUUUCUUUGCUUCUCCCCCUUUUAAAAUUCAAGAUUUCCCAAAAUAUUCUCUCCCUUUCCCAAACCUCCCCUUCCAAAACCACCAUUCCUUCCUUCUGCAGAAUUUAGGUUACUCCAUUUAAGAAGCUUCAAAGACGGUUCUUUUGUACAUUGUGUAAACUAGAGAAUUGAACCUGAGACCUCAAUGUUGAAACACAACCUGCCUAUGAUUGAGCAACGAAGCAAACGGAGGAAGCUUGAGAAUUCCAUCGCUCAUUUGUUAGUGCAUUUAGCAACAUGCGGUGCAAAGGGAGGCAGUGGCUUUCUUUCUAACAGCAGUCAUGAUAGUGUCAAGGCACUUUUGAUGCCUGUAGAAGUAUUGGAAAGUGAUGUUUUGGAUAAUGGAAACACAUCAGAUUGUCAGUGGCACUAUCCACAAAGUCCCAACAAUGUUCACAUAACACACAUGAAUGACCCAAAUUUGGAGGCUGUUGUGAAUUCAACCAAUAGUUGUUCGAUUGGAGACACGACACGGUGCACUAGGUCAUCCACCAUAGAUAUCCAAAAAUCAGCUUUGGAUGAUUGCUCCAAUGCAAAUGAUAGCUGCUCUUCAUCAAAAUCUAACAUGGAACAUGCUUUUGAUUUCAUAAAGACUGAAAUAGAUUAUGCCAUAGAAUGCUCAUCUUCUGACAUUGGUACAUAUGUUUUGAGGGAACCUUACUUGAAAAAGGAAUCAUGUGAUCUUCCCAUACCUUGUGCUUCUAUAGACACCACGGGCAUUGACAAGGAUGUCGGUGGUUCUAUAUCUUGCAAAAUAUGUUGUUGUAUAGACAUUCCGUUGAAUAUGCUAAUUUGCGACCUUUGCGAAGAAGCAUUUCAUUUGUCCUGCUUCAACCCUAGAGUGAAAAGGAUACCGGCGGAUGAAUGGUAUUGUAAACCUUGUUUGAAAAAGAAUCCAAAACCUUUACUAGGGAUCAUUACCUCUAGUAAAUCACUGAGUACUACAAAGGAAAGAUGCAUGAGAAAAACAUCACAAAGCAAAUGUUGCCCAAUAUCAUUCAUGUUGGAAGACACAGAGCCAUAUACAACUGGGGUUAGGAUUGGUGAAGCUUUCCAAGCAGAUGUUCCAAAUUGGUCUGGUCCAAUAUCCAAAUCUUCUUACCAAUCAUUUCAUGAAUAUGUGAAGAAUGAAGAGAUAGGAGUUUUAAAGAUUGCCUCUACUGAUAAUCUUGCAGUCCCUCUUACCAACCGCCGCUCGCAAAACUUUUUCCGGACAUGUUUAUAACUUGGAAUUGCAUGUAGAAUCUAGGCCAUGUUUGGAUUACCAAUUACUACAGUAAUGUAAAGGAAUGAUUUUACCACUACCGAACUAAACACUGAAAUCGUCGAUCAAAUGCAGAUGUCUUCAGAAGACAGGUAAAGGAAUUUGUAAUCAUUGCAAAUUUUCAUAGAAAUCUCGAAUCCAAACAGUGACAUGGUGUACGGAUUUUAUGAUUUGAUACCAAAGUAAUGGAAAAUGCCAUUUUGAUUUUAUCGCCGCCAAAAAAGGGAAUCAAAGGUCAAAUGUAAAUGUUGUCAAUAAAUAGAAAAAGGAAUUUGAAAUUAUUGCAAUUUCUUCACAUUACUAUGGUAAUUGGUAAUCCAUAUAGGUGUAAUAAUUGGCUUUAUGACAAGUGGGAGUUUGUUAGAUAUUUUUUUGCCCUAGAAAGCGAUAUGAUUUUGUUAAUUGGAACUAGGUCAUUGUGACUUGUUUUUAUAAAAUAUAUGUAAAACAUAGGGCGUUUAUAUUUUAAGUGGGUUGUAGUAGAUUCCUUUA